UUUAGUUUCUCUAUAUCUCAAAACACAAAAUAUCAUUACACAUACAAAGAAAGAAAAAAAACAAAAAUGGAAAAAUCAAAUUUCGAGUCACUUCCUGAAGAUCUACAAAUACAGAUUUUGUCAUGGUUGCCUCUGAAAUCCUUGGUGACAUGCAUCUGCGUCUCGAAGAAAUAUGCAUCUUUAAUCCGCACGAAAGCAUUCAGAGAUCUUUACUUGAACCGGUCGAUGACAAGGCCUCGAGUGUUGUUCGUCGCCCAUGAUGUAAGAAUCCCGUCAAACAAAGCCGAAGCCUUGUUUCACUCUGUUUAUCAAGAGGAGGAACCAUUUUUGUCGUCUGGUCAACAACUGAUACGUACCAACAAAGGAGAAGUACCACUUGAUGAAGUUUCUCAACCCAUCCGAGGUUUGAUCUGUCUUCGAGGUGGUACUAAUGUUGUCAUUUGCAACCCGGGUGCGAAAAAGUUUCGGCAUUUACCUAAGAUCCAAAGGCCUAACGGAGCAUCCAUAAGAUGUUUUUUCGGAUACGAUGAAUCUACGGAUGUAUUCAAGGUGUCAUGCAUUACACAGUUCGGAGAUGGUAGGCGAACUAAGGAGUUUCAUGUAUACACGAUGACGGAGGAAUCAGUGGAAGACUCUUCUUGGAGACGGAUCACAUGUAACCAUGAUCAUUCACCAGUUACUCAAGGACUAUUCAAAGGAGGUUUCUUGUACUAUGGAGCUCAGCCCAAUAGUGGAAAAUAUCAGGUAAUGAGCUUCAACGUGAGUUCUGAAGAUUUCACUGUCAUUGAAGUACCUGACAGAGGCGAAACCUCUACAGUUGAUGACCAUCGUUGGAAAUUGGUGAAUUACAAAGGGGAAAUUGCCUUAGUAGAUGACUCUGAGUUUAGAAGUGGAAUUGUUGAUAUAUGGGACAACGAUGACAUUGGAAGUUUUGUAUUGUGGGUUAGGAACGAGAUAACAGGAAACUGGAGGAGAGAGAUCGUUAAGAUUCCUCAAUGGCUAGAAACUGUUGGACACCACAAGUUUUUUUUCAAUGGUACCAUUGGAACAAAAGAACUUGUUUUCGCACCAUACUGUUGGUUAGGGGGACACAUCUUUGUGGUGUAUUACGAUAAAGACAAAACAAACCUCAGAAGAUUUGAGAUUGAAGGAAUGGUUGAUGGAUACUAUUAUGUUCGAACCUUCUUGGAUCAUGUUGAUAGUACUUGGCUUAUCUGAAGAAUAAGACUUGGUUGUUCACUCUCUCAAGUCUCAUUGGGAUUGUUGUUUGUCUUCAUUUCUAAUUUUCAUUCUAUUGCGGUUACUCUUUAUUUAUGCUAAAUAAUAAUGAUGUCUAGCUCUCAUGUACUAGUGGUCUUAUUGGGAUUGUUAAUUUUUAUUUCUAUUGUCGUUAACCUUUAUUUUAUGCUAAAUAAUAAUGUUAUCUCUCGACUAUAUCUUAUUGUGA